GGAGAAAGGUAAAUAUAUGGAAAUAUUUUGCUUGGAACCCACGACUUUUUAUUCGGGACCCACGAUUUUUUACCCACGACCCACGCCUUUUUACCCACGACCCACGUCUUUUUACCCACGACCCACGCCUUUUUACCCACGACCCACGCCUUUUUACCCACGACCCACGCCUUUUUACCCACGACCUUUUUACCCACGACCCACGACAUUCUACCCACGACCCACGACAUUCUACCCACGACCCACGACUGUUAGCUAGUCCCGUAUUUUUACACAUGGCUUUCGUGUUUUUUUUUGGGACUGAAUUUAUUUUUAACUUCGCUUAUUUCUUUAUCAGAAAUUUCUUUUUCCACUUAUUUCUUUACAUAAUUUCGCAUAUUUUUUUACAGAAAAGCGAUAAUCAUUUCACAUGUGAGAUAUCAUAAAUAAUGUAUCAGUUUUAUCAGUGCUCGAAAUCUCUUUCAAAAACUCAUUAAUAAUUCAUGAAGCAAUUAUCCAAUCUUGAGUAAGAAAUUAGUCACGUGCAUACGUCUUUAUACCAGCUAAAGAACACUUUAACAAAAGACCAUUGUUAUGCAAACUAUAUAAAGGUUUUUAUAUAAAGAAUUUUAUAUAAAGAUUUUUGUAUAAAGAUUUUUAUAUAAAGAUUUGACUUAUUAUGCAUACGUUUUUGAAGUCAUUUAAAAAACUCGCGGGUCGUGUUUUAUUAGGUCUAAAGCCACUCGCGCUGCGCGCUCGUGGCUUUAAACCUAAUAAAACACUCCUGCUCGUUUUUUAAAUAGUACAUAAAGCACUAUACUUUAUAUAAUAAAACGCGAUAAUCACCUAAGCGAUAUUCGAAAUGGCGGCCGAAGCCAUUUUGUCAAUUAAAUGACGAAGAAAUGUGUAUUUUAAUUUUUUUCCAAAAAAUCACCUAUGAAAUUAGUUAAAACAAUUAUUCACCUCAGGCUCGGUGAUUAUCGUGAAUAAAAACCUCGUGAAUAAAAACCUCACCGAUAAUUACUUCGCCUUCGGCGAAUUGCUUGCCAAUCAUAUACUGGAUCUUCGCAAACUUAUUGUCGGCUUUCAAUGCUACGAACUCGUGAGAUCGCUCAUGAUACGCCAACGUUUUACCAAAAUCAUGGGUUCCCUCCAGUUUCUUCCAACAAGAAUGUUGACCGGGGGGGGGGGUUGUGUCAUAGCUGUGCCAUAGCUGUGCCCUGUGAUCGGAUUUAGAGAAGCGCCCUCAUAGUAAUCCUUUGACUGGUCCCGGUUGAGCUGCAUCCUUUGUAAUUCAGACUGACAGACUCAUACCUCUCAUGGGCACUGAAGUAAGGAUGAAUAGCACUCCAGUUAUAAUUAUAGCCAAAGUAUACACGCAGGCAUAAAGAUGAAGACAGUAUCAGAAAGGUCUGUUAAAUCAGGUUAUUUGUUAUUCCGUUUUAGAUUUUUCAAUGGGAGGUUUUUUCAGUUCUAUGUACGAGAAAAUGACUGGUCGAAAAGGCUAUACACAUAUACGAAGCGGCGCAAACCCGAUUCCCGAACCAGUUUCUUCUAAUCCUCCUACAGCUAUCAACCCGCCAAUGCUUAGCCAAGCUACCAAUGCACCAUUUUCUUUGAUAUCAUAUACAAUUGGCCAAUCUAGUGUCUGUAUUCAAUUCCCCUUCAACCCUUGGAAAAUUCUCGGUCUAAACUCAGGUUCGUCUUCGCACAAUGAUGUUAAACUGGCCUUCAAAAAAAUGAUCGCAGGCGCACCGGUCCAAAAUCAAGCAUUAAUUUCCCUUGCCAAUCAUAUUUUAACCUCGACAGCACCAAGAUACCAGGGACAGCAAGGCACUGACCUGUAUAUCAUCAGAAAUCCUGACCAUUUCACUGUGGCAGCUUACGGUGACACAGAAGAGCUUCGCAACAUGAUAAAAAAAAACGCAUCCUUGAUCGAAUCCACAGACGAACACGGUCGCACAUUGCUAUACCUAGCUUGUAAAUCAGGCUUUACUGACAUAGUGAAAAUGCUGCUAAAAAAUGACGCAGAUAACAAUAAGAUCCAAAAAGAUGGUAGCACACCCCUUCACGCUGCAGCAUACUUUGGUCACCCUCAAGUUGUUGAGUUAUUGUUUGAGUAUGUCGCGCGAACUGACAUAAAAAACUCAUGGGGUAAAACUGCUUUGGAAGAAAGUGCGACAACAGAAAUAAGGAACAUGAUUGAAAAUCAACACUCAAGCCCUAUCUACAGCCUGGCAGGUAUAAUGAAGGAAAGAAAACUCGUCUUUAAAGUGCGAAAAUGCCGAAACAAAGCAAACAAGCAAGUGUUCGCGAUAGAGUUCAUCCGACAUCUAAAUGCUUACGACGCAGAAACACGUGUAAAAUUACCAGAAUUGAUGCAGUCUUGGAAGCUGACCUGGCACGGCACUCGGUACAAAAAUCUGGAAUCAAUCAUGGAACACGGUCUUCUUCCAGCUGGAAAGAAAGGUAUCAAACCACCCCCUGGUCAUUACGCUUUAGGUAAAGAGUAUCAGGGAGUUCAGAAUUGGGCUGCGGCAAUAUUUGUUUCUCCUAGUAUCUGGUACGCUGCCGACAGUGUUUAUGCAGAGAAAGUGGAAUCACACGGUGACGAAUGGUGUGUUCUGAUUAAAGCUUUCUGCAAACCAGGCAGUUACGAGCGGUACGAUCCGACCAUUUUCAGGUAUUUUAAAUUUUUAAUUACAUGCUAUGAUAUUUUUGCCUGUGUUUUGGUGUUAUAUACUCAGGUGAAUAUAAUGUUUUUGAUGUUACUCUGAGUGCAUAUCCACACCGGGCAGGCUGAGAAGUUAGCCUGAACACGGUGGGAAUCGAACCCACGACCUUUGAAAUACACAUGCAAAAAUUUCAUAUCAUAGGAUACAUUGGUAUCGAAGGUACUAGACUUAGUUCCGAAAUGCCACACACUCGAACAGACUUGGCCUCUUAACUCAGUUGGCAGAGCAUUGGACUAGUAUCCCAAAGGUCGUGGGUUCGAUUCCCACCGUGGUCAGGCUAAUUUUUCAGCUUGCCCGGUGUGGAUGCACACUCAGAGUAACAUCAAAACAUUAUUAUUCAGCUAUUCAUUCGGUCUAACGCCAGAGGGCCAUGUAGGACCAUCAGGUUUAACCAUAAUUCUUUAUUUAUCUUUUUUACUGAUUUACGACUAGAUAUUUUCAAGUUCAGAGUUUAAAUAUUUUACUAAAAAUAGCAAAGAACCCAAAAUGGAACCUUAUGGAACUUCAUAUUUUAUCUUUUCAGAAGACAAUAUCUAUACCCAGUAAUCGGAGUAUCCAUGCAAACACUAUUGCAGUGCUGGCCCUCAAUUUUUCAGAUAUAUUUUACUAGAGCGGUUUAUAAAGUAGAAAGCAUUUUGAAAACUGACAUUGCACUAGCCCAACACCACGGAUCUCUUGGCUGAUGUCAUUAUUGGGUAUAUGAUAAACUCUCACUUGCUAAAUUUUAAUUUUUAAGUUACGCAAAGAUGGAAAAUGAACCGGUAUACCCUGAAUACCGAGUGGAGAAAACAGUGAUUUUACGUGUGGAAUCUGAGCGUAAUGUUGUCGUCCAUUCAGUGGUGUUUAUUCGCACGAAAAAGUUACAAGACCCGAGUAUAAGUUACGAUAAAAUGACUAAUUUACUUUGUAAAGCGCCUAAAUCACUUGUGAGAACUUUAUCGCGCCGACACAAAAAUUCGAGCACAAAAUGUUAA